CAGACCGAGAUCGACGGCCAGCAGUGCCUGCUCGAGAUUCUCGACACGGCCGGUACCGAGCAGUUUACCGCCAUGCGUGACCUGUACAUGAAGAACGGACAGGGCUUCAUCCUCGUCUACUCCAUCACCGCCAUGGCCACCUUCAACGACCUCAACGACAUCCACGAGCAGAUCCUCCGCGUCAAGGACGCCGAGACCGUGCCCAUGGUUCUCGUCGGCAACAAGUGUGAUCUCGAGGACGACCGCAUCGUCGAGAAGGAGCAGGGUGACGCCAAGGCCAAGGAGUGGUCGUGCACCUUUAUGGAGUGCUCGGCCAAGACCCGCUACAACAUUGACGAGAUCUUCGACGACGUGGUCGGCCAGAUCAACCUCUCUGAGCCGGCGCCCAAGACCAAGAAGAAGGGCGGCUGCGCCCUCCUCUAA